AUGAUGAAAAAUCUGGCCUAUAGUUACAUGGGAGUCAACGAAAAGAUGGAACAGAUACGACUAAAGGGAACUGCAAAGAUCACGUCUAUUGAAAUCCGCUAUCCAUAUCUGCACUACACCACACCACACAAACCACUGAGCACUGAACAAAAGACAAAGAAGCUUGGAAAUAUCAAGCAGAUUGCACACUGGCUUGAUAGUGCAGUUCCUGGGUCACCAAUUCCACUAGGCCUGGACCCUUUCUUAAGCCUAAUUCCAUUCAUUGGAGGUUUCUUGGGUUCUUUGUUUGCAAUGUAUCAAAUCUACCUGUCCACUCAAUUUGGUAUCCCACUAUGGCUCUUAUUACGAAUGCUUCUCAAUGUGUUUAUUGAUUUUAUGCUCGGUAUGAUCCCAGUGGCCGGUAGCUUUUUGGACAUGUUUUACAAGGCAAACCUAUGGAAUGCAGAGGCACUAGAGGACUGGUUGAAUAAUCCAGAACCUAUACUUGACCCUGUCACUGGAAAAACAACGACUAUGUCUACUCAAAUUACCUGGUCACAAUUAUCAAAUGAUGCGACCCGUCUAUUCAAUUCAUACUUUUCUGCUACUACCAAGCCUGUAAAGAAACAGUAG